CCGACAACAUACCACAGAAGUAGGAGAACGUCGCUACACAGGCGAAGCGUCCUCAACGGCCGUGUUUUCCUAGCAACUAUUUAGGAUUUAUCAACAGAAACGCGACUCAUCAUCUGGUCUUUCCACAAAGAAAUACCUUCACCCAGGUUCUCUAAAGAGGACGCUUUCUCUAUGAUGAACAGCAACGGGAAUAAGAGGGUACCCACCACAGCCACCCAGAGACUAAAACAGGACUACCUCAGGAUAAAGAAAGACCCUGUGCCUUACAUCUGUGCUGAACCCCUACCAUCCAACAUCCUGCAAUGGCACUAUGUUGUUCGAGGUCCUGAGAAGACCCCAUACGAAGGGGGAUAUUAUCAUGGCAAAUUAAUAUUCCCUCGGGACUUCCCCUUUAAACCACCCAGCAUCUACAUGACCACACCAAACGGGAGAUUUAAGUGUAACACUAGGUUAUGUCUGUCCAUCACUGAUUUCCACCCGGACACGUGGAACCCAGCCUGGUCCGUCUCCACCAUCCUGACUGGUCUGCUCAGCUUCAUGGUGGAGAAAGGCCCCACUCUGGGCAGCAUCGAGACCUCUGACUACACUUAAUUGUUCUUCUC